UCAACCGGUCCAGUUGGUGGCAGCAAUACACCCUUCUCGGUUGUGAAAUCCAAAGAAGAAGAAAAAGAGGGCGGGAGGGAGGUAUACGCAGUUACAUCACGGGCAGGCCCUUGUCCCUGACGCUUUGGCGGGAGAAGCGAAAAAAACUAAGAAGUGAAGCUACCGCAGUCAAACUCAGCUUUAGCGUCAUUUGAAGAUAUCAAACGUGUACGAAUAUAAUUUCGAAAUAGUGGAAAACGUAGCUACAUUUCGUUAAAUGGAUCCUGAUCUUUGCACGGACGAAGGCUGGACGAAAACGAAGGAGGCUGUCGCGCAUUUUCGAAAACUUUUGUUGUGCUCAAAAUGUUCAAAACUGAUGAACGAACCUGUGUGCCUCGGGGUUUGUGAACAUAUGCUUUGCAGGUCGUGUGCUGGUCCUCAGGCUGGAGAGGGAUGUGUGGUGUGUCACAGUCCUGCCUGGGUGAAAGACAUUCGGAUCAACAGACAACUCAGCAAUAUCACAGAACUCUAUGGCAACCUAGACUCACUGCUCAAUCCCACUGGCUCCGAUUAUUCUGAUGCCCUUCCCAUUACACCACCAGCACAGUCAGAUAAAUCUGUCUUAAAGCACAAGAAGAACUUCAAGAUCUGGUUUAGUCCCCGCAGCCGCAAGGUGCGCUGCCGGGUAGAGAAGCCUGCGGCGGUGCCUCUCCCGGAGGUUGGGAGUGGGACUGUGAAAGCUGCUCCAAGACAUCCUGAGACACUACCUGAGUCUAAAGGCAAAGACCUGUCUGUCUUCAACUUCAACUCCUCCUCCCAAGACUCUGGCUCCUCCUCUCCUCAAAGGGCGACUAACUAUGAAAAGAAGAAGGCGACUAAGAAGACGAGAAAUGGUGGUGGUGUCAGGAAGCCUGCAGCUGGGGGUGGGCAGAAACCAACCAAGCAUGAAGAAACCAAGCAGAAUGUCAAGACACAGAGGCUGGAGGCAAUCAACCAGCAGUGGGGCUUUGGCGGAGCGAGAGAAGGAGAUGUCGGAGAGGAAGAAGAGCAGGUCACUGCAGAGGAAAGAGAGCACAGGUCUAGUAAAAGAGUUUCCUUCCAAAGUCCAGCCACCUUGCCUGUCACUGCGGAGCCUCAGAAGGAGGAUCUCUCUCAGGGGAACACCAUAAUCCUCAGCCCCAGCAGAAGCAUCCUGAAGGUGGUUCAGCCAGGAGAGAACGUCCCACUCUCUGAGGACCAGGACGGUCCAAGCCCACACACCACCCCUUCUCAGCUGGAUAAGAUAUCUGCAAAGCAGCACUCCAAACCAAAUGAAGAAAUGACUAAAAAGCCUGACCUGCCCUCCCCUCCUAAGCGCACUCCCAAAAGAUUCUGUGUGGAAGAUAAAAACAUCUCACAGUGUACCCCAAAGAAACCCAAGGCAUCUCCUGGCCAGGGUAGACGUCCGGCAGUGGACAGGGUUGCACUCCCAGCCAUGCAUACCUCGCCCUCCCCCGCUGCCUGCCCCAGACAGGGUCGAACCAGCACCAGGAUAUCCAGAGAAGGAGAGCAGCAGUGGGGCAGUAGUCCGUGUUCCCCCGCCCCCCUGGGGAAGAGAUCCCCGGGCAGACUUUCACAGAACAGCCCAGCGGUAGUGAAGAGAAACCACAAGGGGGAGACACCCCUACACCUGGCAGCAAUAAAGGGUGAUGUGGAGACAGUGAAGGAGCUCCUAGACCAAGGGGCUGACCCCAACCUGAAAGACAAUGCUGGAUGGACACCGCUGCACGAGGCAUGUAACCUGGGCCACCUGGGUGUAGUGGAGGUGUUGGUGGAGAGGGGAGGCGUGCUGUUGAACACACCAGGCUACAAGAACGAUUCUCCUCUACACGACGCUGUCAGGAACGGACAUACUGGCAUUGCCAUGCUACUGCUGCAGCACGGGGCUUCACAGAGCGUCUUGAAUAUGUUUGGCCUUCGCCCUGUGGACUAUGCCGUGAGCCCAGAGAUGCAGGCAAUCCUUCUGGCAGCCUCUGAAGGACCCCACCCAGUCAACUCACCUCUCAGUCCUUCACCCAGCCUCAAUAAGGCCAGUGAAGGUGUGAGACUGGAGGAACAGGCAGUUGUACUGGGUAGUAAACUGUCCCAGUCCCAACAGACCCGGCUGGCCAAACUGGGACAUCUCCUGGGAGGAAAGAGGGCAGACGCCUUCUCCUGCUCUGUCACUCAUGUGGUGGUACCAGACGGGCCGAUGCCCACCACCCUGUCCACUCUCCUUGGCCUCCUGAACGGCUGCUGGGUCCUCAACUUUAGCUGGGUAGAGGCGUGCCUGCAGGCAGACAGCUGGAUCUCCGAGAGUGACUAUGAAGCAGGAGCAGGACCGCAACGCAGCCGCAUUAACAGACACAGCCUGCUGCCCCCGCUGUUGGACGGUUGUUUCUUCUACCUCAUGGGCUCCUUCAGGAAGCCCCCCAGGGACGAGCUCCUCCAGCUGGUGAGAGAGGCAGGGGGCCAGAUUCUUACCCGACAGCCCAAACCAGACAGUGAUGUGACCCAGACCCUGUCUGCUGCAGCCUACCACGCCUCUCUGGGCUCAGACCAGACCCUGUGUACCCAGUACAUCAUCUAUGAUCCCCAGGGCUCUUACAGGCCACCCAGGGUGAGGUUAGGAAAGGUGUGGUCAGCUCCAUCUACAUGGGUUGUAAACUGUAUAUCGGCCUUCCAGCUACUGCCAGUGCCUGAGCUUGAAUCAGACACACCUGGUGUGUAAACAGUGAGGUGAAACAUUCGCAACAUUUCUGAUAGAAAUGUAAUAAAUCGGGUUGUCAUGAUUACCUAUUCUACAUGACAGACAAUCAUAUCUGUUCUACACAAUAUGUUUCUAUGUAAAUGUUCUGUAACAUUGCACCCUCUUUAACAGGCCCAUGGUCUUUCCGUCUCGCACCUGAAUAUCAAGGUCUAAUCAGAACACAGACAGCUGUGGUUGUAAAACUAUAACCUUGACAUAAUGGAGAUUGUACAGCCACAGUCAGUCCCCAAUCUCUGAUGUCUCUGGAUUUGGCCUUAAAUAUAUCCACGACUUGUACCUGUAGCUCAAAGAUAAGCUAGGGAAGUGUUUAAUUUUAUCCCCGCUCAAUGACGAUAGAAGAUUAUAAAAAUGUUAGCACUAUUUUGAAUGAAGGAGUGAAAAAUCUAACUGUUUUCUCCUACUGAGACUCUUUAUAACGUCUGUGCUUUUGAGAAUAACCUUUUCUUUGAAACUGAAUUGUGACUGCCUCUUCAUUUGUAUGACUUAAAAAAGAAAAAUUAUGAAACACUGCCUUUUAUUAAUACCAACGUCACCUCCUGCUGCUGCACACAGUUUUCUGUUUGGGCUUUUGAGAACGAAUGGUAUUCUACAAAAUAAACGUUGUUGCAGCAACACAA